AUGACACCUAAGGAAGUGUGGAGUGGAAGGAGGCCAACCAUAGACCACUUCAAAGUGUUUGGAUGCAUAGCAUAUGCACACAUUCCAGAUGAAAAGAGAAAAAAGCUCGAUGACAAGGGCAAGAAGUGUGUGUUUCUUGGAGUUAUUGAACACUCCAAAACCUACAAAUUGUACAAUCCAAUUACUAAGAAAGUGAUUAUCAGCUGA